UAAACAGUUCCAGAUGGGUUUGGCACAGGCUGAGCAGAAGGAAGUGGGGGAGAGGGAGGAGGGAGGCAGCGCGAGGGAGCGGUGGGAGCCCCGGCCCCGCUCGGUGGCGGCGCGGGCAGCGGGCAGACAAGCAGGCGGACUGGCUGGGGGGCGGGGGUGCGCUUGGCUCGGCCGGCUCCCAGGGACUAGAAUACUCCGGGCUGCUGGCUGGGGAAGAGGCUACUUGGCAACCUCCCUCUCCGUCUCCGUGUCUGUCUCCUUGGGCCUUCUUGUCUCUCCAUCUCGCUGUCUUUUGUAGCGCGCCGCCGGCCAUCCCGGCUGUCUGGUCCUCCGGUGCCGCCCACCCUCCGCUGCUCCGCGCGGCUCCCUCCCUGCCCGUCUUUGGGCCCCUGCUUCCGCCGCCGCCGUCCCUCUUCCCUCGGCCCCCUUCCCUCCCGUCCCCCUCCACCCCCCUACUGAAUGUCUGUGUCUAUCUGUCUGUCUGCCAGAGGGGCCUGUCAGGCCACCGACGAUGAAGCGAAGCGGGGCUAGCUCACCCUGCAGCCGGGCCCUCCAGGGACCAGCUGCUGCAGCAGGAAGAGGAGGGAGCCUCGCUCCCCCACGUGAAAGGCUGCCUGGCUGCCACUUGCCGCCCCCUUUGCCUCACUUGAGGUCCUGGGGCCACAGUUGCCUGGUUCACCAUCUUCGGCUGGGACUCAGACUGCAGGAAACUGACAAAGGCCACAAGCCUGGAGCCUGUGAUUUGGGUCUUUCCCUUCCCGGGUACCCCCCAACCUGCCCCACUGUUGUUGUAGAGGCCUUCAGAAGUUCUGGGGUGACCCUGCCCCAUUCCAGCUCAUAGUCAAGGGGAGAACUGCUGGCUGUCUUCCAGGCUAUGAGAAAAGAAGUUGGGGCCUCUUUCUUGCUCUUAAGUCUGAUGUUGGGGUCAUACUGUCAGAGAGGAGAGUUAUCCAGCCAGAACCCAGAACCAGGUUCCUAAGGGGAAAAGUUUAUGUCAGAAACAUAGGCCCCUCCUAUGGCCCCACAAAAGGAAACCUAAAGACCCCCACCCCACCCCCAAAGCUCAGAGCAGGAUUAGUGCUGUGACAGUUCCCUUGGCCUUGGAUGCACAGAAGAAGGCAUCCAGCCCUGACUUGGAGGUUCAGGGAAGGCUUCCUGGAGGAGGUGACAGCUUGAUUGGUACUUAAAGUAUGCUGAGGAGCUUUCCAGGCUUUCUCCAUUCCCCCUUUAGGGGGUCGUACUUCAGUCAGAGUGCCUUGGUUAAGGGGUUAGUUGUGGAGUCAGACAGACCUGAAUUUGAGCCAUCUUUCGACUCUUUACCUCAAGUCCUAGCUGUUUUAUCUUAGGCCCUAUAUAUACUGUAUCUGAGCAUCAGUUUUCUCAUCUGUAAGAGGGGUGUACCAACAGUGCUUUUAUCCAAGGACUGCAGGAAGAGCUGAACUACGUCUCAAGGAGCAGUUCUGGGCCUUGGUGGCCCUCACCCCACUUUCAGCAUUCCUGCCUCAUCCGCAGAGAGACCCUCAUGGAUACAAAGUGGGUGACAUCUGAGUUGGCGUGGACAUCUCAUCCAGAGAGUGGGUGGGAAGAGGUGAGCGGCUACGACGAGGCCAUGAACCCCAUCCGCACCUACCAGGUGUGUAACGUGCGUGAGUCAAGCCAGAACAACUGGCUUCGCACAGGGUUCAUCUGGCGGCGGGAUGUGCAGCGGGUCUACGUGGAGCUCAAGUUCACUGUGCGUGACUGCAACAGCAUCCCCAACAUCCCUGGCUCCUGCAAGGAGACCUUCAACCUCUUUUACUACGAGGCUGACAGUGACGUGGCCUCGGCCUCCUCCCCCUUCUGGAUGGAGAACCCCUAUGUGAAGGUGGACACCAUCGCGCCCGAUGAGAGCUUCUCGCGGCUCGAUGCCGGCCGUGUCAACACCAAGGUGCGCAGCUUCGGGCCGCUCUCCAAGGCCGGCUUCUACUUGGCCUUCCAGGACCAGGGCGCCUGCAUGUCCCUCAUCUCCGUGCGUGCCUUCUACAAGAAGUGCGCGUCCACCACUGCCGGCUUCGCGCUCUUCCCCGAGACACUCACUGGGGCUGAGCCCACCUCCCUGGUCAUUGCCCCCGGCACGUGCAUUGCCAACGCUGUGGAGGUGUCGGUGCCACUCAAGCUUUACUGCAACGGUGAUGGGGAGUGGAUGGUGCCUGUGGGCGCCUGCACCUGUGCCACCGGCCACGAACCAGCUGCCAAGGAGUCCCAGUGCCGCCCCUGUCCUCCUGGGAGCUACAAGGCAAAGCAGGGAGAGGGCCCCUGCCUCCCCUGCCCUCCCAACAGCCGCACCACCGCGCCAGCCGCCAGCAUCUGCACCUGCCACAAUAACUUCUACCGCGCAGACUCUGACUCUGCAGAUGCUGCCUGUACCACGGUGCCGUCUCCCCCCCGGGGUGUGAUCUCCAAUGUGAAUGAGACCACGCUGAUCCUCGAGUGGAGCGAGCCCCGGGACCUGGGUGGCCGGGACGACCUCCUAUACAACGUCAUCUGCAAGAAGUGCCAUGGGAGCCCCGGGGCCGGGGGUGCCAUGACCUGCUCGCGCUGCGAUGACAAUGUGGAGUUUGUGCCUCGGCAGCUGGGCCUGACAGAGCGCCGGGUCCACAUCAGCCACCUGCUGGCCCACACGCGCUACACCUUUGAGGUGCAAGCGGUCAACGGUGUCUCGGGCAAGAGCCCUCUGCCUCCUCGAUACGCGGCUGUGAAUAUCACCACCAACCAGGCUGCUCCAUCUGAAGUGCCUACGCUACACCUGCACAGCAGCUCCGGGAGCAGCCUGACCCUGUCCUGGACGCCCCCAGAGCGGCCCAACGGAGUCAUCCUGGACUACGAGAUGAAGUACUUUGAGAAGAGCGAGGGCAUCGCCUCCACAGUGACCAGCCAGAAGAACUCCGUGCAGCUAGACGGGCUGCGGCCUGACGCCCGCUAUGUGGUCCAGGUCCGUGCCCGCACCGUAGCUGGCUAUGGGCAGUACAGCCGCCCGGCUGAGUUUGAGACCACAAGCGAGAGAGGCUCCGGUGCCCAGCAGCUGCAGGAGCAGCUCCCGCUCAUUGUGGGCUCUGCCACGGCCGGGCUUGUCUUCGUGGUGGCUGUCGUGGUCAUUGCUGUUGUCUGCCUCAGGAAGCAGCGGCAUGGCCCCGAUUCGGAGUACACGGAGAAGCUGCAGCAAUACAUUGCUCCUGGAAUGAAGGUUUAUAUCGACCCUUUUACCUACGAAGACCCUAAUGAGGCCGUACGGGAAUUUGCCAAGGAGAUCGAUGUGUCCUGUGUCAAGAUCGAGGAGGUGAUUGGAGCUGGGGAGUUUGGGGAAGUGUGCCGGGGUAGGCUGAAACAGCCUGGCCGCCGGGAGGUAUUUGUGGCCAUCAAGACGCUGAAGGUGGGCUACACAGAGAGGCAGCGGCGGGACUUCCUCAGCGAGGCCUCCAUCAUGGGUCAGUUUGACCACCCCAACAUCAUCCGCCUGGAGGGUGUGGUCACCAAAAGCCGGCCAGUCAUGAUCCUCACUGAGUUCAUGGAGAACUGCGCCCUGGACUCCUUCCUCCGGCUCAACGACGGACAGUUCACGGUCAUCCAGCUGGUGGGCAUGUUGCGGGGCAUUGCUGCUGGCAUGAAGUACCUGUCGGAGAUGAACUAUGUGCACCGCGACCUGGCUGCCCGCAACAUCCUCGUCAACAGCAACCUGGUCUGCAAAGUCUCAGACUUCGGCCUCUCCCGCUUCCUGGAGGAUGAUCCCGCUGAUCCUACAUAUACCAGCUCCCUGGGCGGGAAGAUCCCCAUCCGCUGGACCGCCCCAGAGGCCAUAGCCUAUCGGAAGUUCACUUCUGCUAGUGAUGUCUGGAGCUAUGGAAUCGUCAUGUGGGAGGUCAUGAGCUACGGCGAGCGACCGUACUGGGACAUGAGCAACCAGGAUGUCAUCAAUGCCGUGGAGCAGGAUUACCGGCUGCCCCCACCCAUGGACUGCCCCACUGCGCUGCACCAGCUCAUGCUGGACUGCUGGGUGCGGGACCGGAACCUCAGGCCCAAAUUCUCCCAGAUUGUCAACACCCUGGAUAAGCUCAUCCGCAACGCCGCCAGCCUUAAAGUCAUCGCCAGUGCCCAGUCUGGCAUGUCACAACCCCUCCUGGACCGCACGGUCCCGGACUACACCACCUUCACGACAGUUGGUGACUGGCUGGACGCCAUCAAGAUGGGGCGGUACAAGGAGAGCUUCGUCAGCGCGGGGUUUGCAUCCUUUGACCUGGUGGCCCAGAUGACCGCAGAAGACCUGCUCCGGAUCGGGGUCACCUUGGCUGGCCACCAGAAGAAGAUCCUCAGCAGUAUCCAGGACAUGCGCCUGCAGAUGAACCAGACACUGCCUGUGCAGGUCUGACACCCGACCCCCACUGGGUGGGUGCUCCCCCCCCCAACGACUGUGCAGGGACUCUGACCAGCCGGCUGGACGUGUGGACUUUUGGAUGCCUGGCCUUAGGCUGUGGCCCAGAAGAUGGAGGUUUGGGGAGGGCCCAAGCUGGGACUUCACCUCCAGGCCAGUGCUCCCUCCCCAGGAAGUGUGCCCCAAACCUCUUCAUAUUGAAGAUGGAUUAGGAGAGGGGGUGAUGACCCCUUCCAAGCCCCUCGGGGCCCAGGCCUUCCUGCUCUCCAGUGGGGGAAUCCCCACCACCUCAGACUUGGCUGUUCUUCAGUGCUGGAGGUCCUGGCACCGUCAGGUGGGGGAUAAGCCUGGGCUCCAUAGGGCCCAGCCCUGGCAGGGGUCUGGCCCCCCAGGUAGGUGGAGAGCAGUCCCUCCCUCAGAAACUGGAGGAGGGACUCUGGGAAUGGGGGAAUGUGACACCCCCAUCCCAAAGCCAGCUGGCACCUCCAGUUUGCACAGGGACUUGUUCUGGGGGCUGAGGGCCCUGCCCCACCCCCGCCCUUGGUGCUGUCAUAAAAGGGCAGGCAGGGGCAGGCUGAGGAGCAGCCCCUUGCCCCCAACCCCAGAGACUGACUCUCAGAGCCAGAGAUUGGAUGUGUGUAUGUGUGUGUGUGUGUGUGUGUGUGUGCACGCACUGGCCUGCACAGAGAGCAUGAGUGAGUGUGUAAAAGCUUGGCCCUGUGCCCUGCAGUGGGGCCAGCUGGGCCGUCAGCGGAAUAAAGGCAAUAAGAUGA